ACCUGCGAACAAUGAUGUCGAACGAUAUUUUACUAACAAAAUGUGCUGUUUGUGAGGAAAAUGCUACUGAACCUUAUAUAGAAUGCUGCGAGUGUGACGCUAGUUUAUGUACGAGCUGCUUCGCGACGGGACAAGAAGUGGGUGCCCACAAAAAUAACCACAAAUACGCGGUGAGAAAAAACGACUUCCCGCUUUUCGACAAUUGCAACUGGUCGUCUAAAGAGGAAUGCAAACUGUUGUCAGCCUUAUCAACAUACGGCUAUGGUAACUGGGAGGAGAUAUCCAAAAUGGUGAACAGUAGAUCAAAAUUAGAAUGUCAUGAACACUACAAAAAAUAUUACAUAGAAAAUGUGCAGUAUAAGGAGUUGAAAUUAUUGCCAGAGACUGAACAGUCUUUAUUUCCAAAGAUUGUCACACCAUAUUUGUACAGUAUGGAGAUUAGCAUUAAUCCACCGAGGAAUAACCAGGGUGACCAGCAUUUAGCCGGCUAUAAUGCACACCGGUCAGAAUUCGAGCUCAGCUAUGAUCAUAAUGCGGAGAGCAUAUUCAACAUUGAAGACACUUAUUCCGAUGAUGAGAAUGAUGAAUGCAUGGAUGCUUUAAAAGUUUCUUUAGUAAGCGCUUUAAACACUAGGUUAAGAGAAAGGCAAAGACGGUAUGAAAUAAUACAGAAUCACGGUUUGAUCAUGCCGAAUAAACUGAUAUCUUGGGUGCAGAAGUUUGAUAGAAUUCUGACAAGGUACAAGGCUGAACGGCUAUUAUCGUUCAUGCAGUUUAUGACCGGAAUGCAGUUCGAUGCUUUUAUGGAGUCACUCGGUUUGGAAGCUGAACUAUUACAACGGAUAACUAAGUUAAUAGAGUACAGAAAGAAUGGUAUAAAGACGCUGUACUGUGCUAAAUUGUAUAAAGAAUUAAAGAAGGAACAUGACAUGGUGAUGAAGGAACAAAAAUAUAAUACGAUGAUAAUGCAAAGGAAGUUCGAAAGUCAAUCACCAGUUAAGGCAACUGGUAAAAUUUGUUUGUCAAAAGAUAUGCAAGUUAAAAAGUACAAACGGCAGAUGAAUCCAUUAGAAAUCAUUGAUUUACCAGGGUUCCUUCACCUGUCAGACUCUGAGAAGACUUUAUGUUCAAAUUUACGGUUGAUACCGAGGAAUUACUUGGAGAUCAAGGAGCAGCUUAUUAUGGAGAACAAUAAGUUGGGGUACCUGAGAUUGCUGGACGCUAGGAGGAUAGUGAAGAUCGAUGUAAACAAAACUAGGAAGAUAUAUGAUUAUCUUAUAACUGAAGGUUAUAUUUAUAAACCAUUGUGAAAAAAUAUAGCCUCU